ACACACAUCAUCCAAUAAUGGACUUUGUGAUUAUUGUGAGUAUACUCUUUUCUUACAUCCUCAUCCGAGCCACAUUCUUCGUUUUUGGUGUGGGUAGACCCAAGAACUUACCUCCAGGCCCAACACUUCUGCCGAUCAUCGGAAACCUCCAUUUGCUUGGAGACCAACCACACCAGUCGUUAGCCAAACUAGCCGAAACCCACGGCCCUAUAAUGUCUUUACAACUCGGUCAGAUCACCACACUUGUCAUCUCUUCUGCAACUGCAGCCAAAGAAGUACUCCAAAAACAAGACCUUGCUUUCUCCACGCGUCAUGUCCCUGACGCGUUGAACGCUUGUAGCCAUGCCAGCCACUCGGUCGCAUGGCUUCCGGUCUGCACCGAGUGGCGCACCCUCAGAAGGAUCCUUAAUUCCAAUAUCUUCUCCAACAACUCCCUUGAAGCUAACGAGUGCUUGAGGAGCAAGAAAGUUGAAGAGCUAAUAGCAUACUGUCGGAAAGCGAGUGUGUCGAAUGAUUAUGUGGACAUCGGUCGGGCUGCUUUCAGAACCUCGUUGAAUCUUUUAUCCAACACUAUUUUCUCCAAGGAUGUAAUAGACCCGUAUGAGGAUUCUGGCAAAGAGUUUAAGGAGGUUAUUACAAGCAUUAUGGUGGAGGCCGGAAAGCCAAAUCUUGUGGACUUUUUUCCGGUAUUGAAGAAGAUUGAUCCACAGGGUAACAGGAGAAGAAUGAGUCAUUAUUGUGGGAAGGUUCUUAAGAUAUUUGAGGAGUUGAUUAAAGAGAGGUUGAAAAUGGGAAGAUUGAAGCAUGAUGAUUUAUUGGACGUGUGUUUGAACAACAUUCAAGACAACCCAAACGAGAACAAUCACACACACAUGGAGAUCUUGUUUUUGGAUUUAUUCAGUGCUGGAACUGAUACGACCUCAAGCACAUUAGAAUGGGCAAUGGCAGAAGUACUACACAACCCAAUAGUCAUGAAAAAAGCCAAAGAGGAGCUUGAGGUAGUUAUUGGUAAAGGUAAGAUGGUAAAAGAGAAUGAUGUCGGGAGGCUACCCUACUUAUCAUGCAUUGUGAAAGAAACCUUAAGACUACACCCACCAGUUCCCUUACUUCUUCCUCGAAAAGUUGUUAAACAAGUACAACUCAGUGGAUACACCAUCCCAGAGGGUACAAAAGUUCUUGUGAAUGCAUGGGCCAUAGGACGAGACCCAACCAUAUGGGAUGACUCGCUAGUGUUCAAUCCACAAAGUUUUUUAGAGUCUGGGCGUGAUGUUCGAGGUCAAGAUUUUGAUUUAAUACCAUUUGGUGCUGGACGAAGAAUAUGCCCUGGUUUGCCACUUGCAAUCCGUGUGGUCCCAGUCAUGUUGGGCUCACUACUCAAUAAUUUCGAUUGGAGUCUUGACACUAAUAUUCAAGACAAGGCUUUGGACAUGAGUGAGAAAUUUGGAAUCACCUUAUCAAAGGCUAACCCUCUUUGUGUUGUUCCUAUACCACUAAACUAGCAUCCAUUCAUUCACAUCUUUUAUAAUUUAAUGAUCCAUCAUACUCUCUUUAGCCUCAAUAAUGUAACACGUGCCCAGUUAUUUUCAUUUGUUCUCGUGUGGAAGUGAAUAUUUUUAAGUGAAUUUGGAGGGGUUCACUUCUUUAUGUUACUGUUGGAUUUCAUAUAUUAUAAUUGGAUAUUCUAGUUUGAUGUCGAUUGUGACAACUGUGUUCUAUAGUCGUGGUUCAAUGUAAAACAAUGAUGAUUAUU